AUGGCCGCCGAGGGUAGCAUUCCUUCGAUUCCUUUGUCUACAAUGAUCCAUAUGGUAAAUAUCAAACUCACUUCCGCAAAUUACCUUUUGUGGCAUGCCCAGAUCGAAUCCCUUCUCAUCACCCAGGGUUUUCUUCCGCAUCUGGAUGGCUCAUCCCCAUGCCCAUCGCGCGAGAUCACUACACCGGCAGGUACAAAAAGUACCAAUCCCGAGUUCGCCGCUUGGUAUUCCCGGGAUCAACUGAUCCGGCUAUUCCUUGUUUCCACUCUUACGGAGGAGUCCAUGGCUGUUGUCAUUGGCUGCACUUCGUCCCGCGAUGUCUGGACCUCUCUCACUCGCGCCUAUAGCCAUGCCUCGAAGGCUCGAGAGCUAAGCCUGAAGGAUGAUCUUCUCUCGGUCAAGCGUGGCGAUCUUUCUGUUUCUGAAUAUGGACAGCGUUUCAAGGCAAUUUGUGACAAACUUGCUGCCAUCGGUCGGUCUAUUGACUCGACCGACAAAUCUCACUGGUUCCUUCGUGGCUUGGGGCCUGCUUUUUCGACGUUCACGGCCGCACAACUUGCUCAGGAGCCCCUUCCUGACUUCGACACUCUUCUUGCCCGCGCCGAAAGUCACCAAUUUUUCCAACGUUCAUCUGACAUCUCGUCAUCGUCUUCUUCGGUUGCAUUUUAUGCUGCUCCUAGGGCCCGUCCUCCGGCCUCGUCUCAGCCACAAGGCCGCUGCAAGAAAAAUAAAGCCAAAGGUCGUCGUCAGCCUUGGUGCUAUUUCUGCCGUGAAGAAAACCAUGAUGCCUGGGACUGUCCUAGACGUUUUGACCGCUCUUUCACUCGGCCGUCCCAAUCAUCUACUACAGCUAAUCUGGCCGAAGCACUAUCAUCGAGCUGCACUAUAUCACAACCUAAUGUUUCUGAUUGGUACUUAGAUACUGGGGCUUCUGCUCAUAUCACCUCGGAUGCGUCUCAGCUUGAUGAUCUUACUGAUUACAACGGCUCCGAUCGUGUCACCGUGGGUAAUGGUGAUCAACUUCCUAUCACGCAAUCUGGUUCUCUUUUUUUCUCUAAUUCUUUUUAUUUACGCGAUGUCCUAGUUGUGCCCGGAAUGACUAAAAAUCUUUUGUCGGUUAGCAAAUUGACCAGCGACUUACCUGUUCAUGUUAUCUUCACUGACUCUUCCCUUCGUAUUCAGCACAAGGACAGCGGCAACAUAAUCGCAACCGGCGUGCGUGAUAGUGGCCUGUACCGUUUGGAUUUGGCAGUCAAGGCCCUUGCUGCUCACACAUCCAUAUCUCGGCGUGCUUCCUCUGCGAUUUGGCAUUCCCGACUUGGACACUCCUCUCCGGCUGUUUUAUCUACUUUAGUCAAUUUAAAGUUGUUAUCUGUUACUUCCGGUUUUCCUAAUCGUAAGAUUCUUCAUGACUCCGCCCUAAACGGGCGCACCGCCAGGGCUGAUCAUGUUCGCCGCAUUGUCGUGGCUGUUGUUGCACUGCUGGGCGAUGAACUUGACCUCGGAUCCCUCAACCUGUCUCCAAAAACCCUUAGAUUUGAUCGCCGAUUAGUGGAGGAACAGAUCCUCGUCUCUGCCGUCAUCAGGGGUUAUGAAUCCAAAGGCUUCCUGGACUCGAAUCCUCUUAGUAACAACUGCACCUGA